ACCCCACGCCGCAAAAGUUGAAAAUCUUCACUUCGCGUGCAAAAUGGCGGACGAUCAGGAGCAGACCUCUGCAGUUGACGAGCAACCCAAAUCUCCCAACGAGAAGGCCGACAAAGAGCCCGAAAAGCACGAAUUCAAGUUCGGAGAGCACGUGUGGGCCAAGCUCAGCAGUUUUCCUCAUUGGCCGGGAAGGAUUGUCAAACCAUGGAAACAUGUGAAAAAACCACCCGGGAAAAAGCUGACUUAUUUUGUGUUCUUCUUUGGCACUGAAGAUCACGCUUGGGUGCGAGCUGAGAACUUGUGCCCUUACCUUGAGAACAAGGAGCGUCUGUCCAAAGCAGCCAAGGGUCAGAAAUUCAAGAAGGCGAUGGAUGCCAUUGAAGAUGCCAUUAGACAGGAAGAAAAUAAGAAGGCAUCUCCCCUGUCUCCUUUCCACCCUAAGGACGAUGAGGAGAUCUUUCCUCCCAAGUCCAAACCCAUGAAAGAUUACUCCAGAGAACCUCUCACCGGCAAGGCCAAGUUGAAUUCAACCCCAGACGACAGAGGAAAGACGUCUCCAGAACAGGAGACGGAGAAGUCCCCCAAGAAGAGAGGACGGGCCCUCAAGGAUACAGCUAGCGACAGCACACCGACUAAGACCAGCUAUGCUUCUCCUAAGAAGAGGGCAGCAUCCAGUGCGUUGGGUUCCCCCAGCAGUAAGAAGCAAGCGAAGGGCAAUGGUCUGUCCUUCAACUCUCUCGCUCUGUACAACAGCUUUCAGGCCCAUCUCUCCGACAGAACAGAAGACAAGAAAGAAGACAUUGUACCGACCGAUAAGAAAAUUGGUUUUAUCGGGCUGGGCUUGAUGGGCACAGGCAUGGCUAUGAACCUGAUCAAGACAGGGCACAAGGUCACGGUCUGGAACAGAACUGCAGCAAAGUGUGCAGAUUUCGUUACGGCAGGCGCAACUGAAGCCAAGAAUGUCUCUGAUUUGGUAUCAGAGUGCGACAUUGUGUUCUCGAUGGUGUCAGACUCAGAAGCACUCAGAGCAAUUGUUUUCGGUGAGCACGGUGUACUCGAUGGCAUGAAGAAAGGCAAGGCAUUGGUCGACAUGUCAACAGUGGACAUUGGAACGGUCACAGGUUUAGAAGGGGCCAUCACCGCCAGGGAAGGUAGGUUCCUUGAAGCGCCCGUGGUGGGUAGCGUACAGCCAGCCAUGGAAGGCUCGUUAGUCAUCAUAGGAGCUGGAGAUAGCAACCUGUUUGAUGACUGUACAUCUUGCUUCCAGGCUAUGGGCAAGAAAGCGUUCUUUCUGGGGGAUGUUGGGAAUGGCUCCAAGAUGAAGAUCAUCAUCAACAUGAUCACAGGGUGCAUCAUGAGUGGUUUUGCUGAGGGCAUGGCCGUGGCCGACAGGGCUGGCCUCAGCCAGGAAACACUGCUGGAUGUGCUGAACCUGGGCGCGAUAUCAAGUCCUCUCAUCAGCGGCAAAGGCAAAGCUAUUCUGGCCAAUAAGUACCCUCCAGCAUUUCCGCUCAAGUACCAGCAGAAAGAUAUGAGGCUGGCCCUGGCCCUGGCCGACCAGGUAGAGCAGCCCAUACCUGUCUCUGCAGCCGUCAACGAGUUAUUCAAAAGAGCUAAAAAUCUGGGGCUUGGCGAGAAGGACAUAUCAGCGGUCUACAAAGCAGUGAACAUGUGAUGCUGGAGUGGAGACUAACCUACCCUUCCCAUCAUGCUUUGCCCCGGAAAUCAAAAUGGUCUCCUAGCAACCAAAUAAUGUAAAAAUAAUGUUAUAUUUUGUAAUUCCUUGUGCUUGACUAUGUAAUGCACAAUGUAGCAUGAGCUUUGGUAAUGAAAUCAGACCAUGUAUUUUUAAAGUUUUUUUUUUUUUUCGAUGAAAGAACAUUUUUUAAUUCCAUGGAAAUCAUGAAGCUUUGAAGCGAUUGUUACAUACAUUUUUUAAAAACAGAUCAUGGUCUACUGUUAUCAUGUUUUCUCAUUUUAUUGAACUGCUGUACAUUGGCAAUCUUUUUUUUUAAUUUGUAAAAUUGAGGCAUCCAAGCUUUCCAAAAGUAUUUUUGUUUUAGCAGCUAGCAGUUUAGAUGUAGCAUUUCAUGUUCAACAGUAAAUGGUAAUUUUUAUUUGUUGUUCAGACCGCAAGUGUACAGUUAUCCGUAUUCGUAUAUGGCCACUGAUAUGACCACGUUUUGUAUUUUAAAAAAAAGCUGUCACAAGGGAAAUAUUUCAUAUUUUUUUGUGUUUUUAACUAAAUGAACGUUUGACAAAGCUGUCUGAUUCUACAAUGGCCCCUUUUGCUCUAAUGAAAUAUGCAUCCGAUAAAGUU